AUGGACAGCAGCAUUGGGCCUGGAAAAGUGGACACCGGCAGGGAUGUGGAAUCAUCGCAGCCGCAGGCGCAGCAGGGUCCGAAUCGCCCCACGCAAGAUGGGGAAUGGUGGGGUGUGCGGUACCCCGACGCGCCCCCGACGAUGUUCGGGGGCUGUACGAUCACGUCAAAUGGAACCAGGGACAGGCGACUUAGGGCGGUCCGCAAGUCGUGGACGGAUGACGGGCCACCGUGUCUCACCUUCACGGCCGUGACAAUACGACCAGAAGCGCAAGUAGAAGCCGGUGCUCAUUGUCUGACCCGAGUGGGACUGCAUGGAUCCAAUGGAAGGGACUGGGAGGGUCGGGGCCAUGCGACGACCCUGGCUCGACAAAUGCCAUGUUGGGAAGGCGAGGCUCGAGCUCCACCAUAG